CGCUGACCAAAAUGUCAUGCACAACAUCACCCAUAUAUCCCCAGGCCUUUACCAAAGCAAUCAUUUUGUUGACUACAAGGGGCGCGCUUUGUCUUGAUGUUCUGAUGACCAUCAUCUCGUCAAGCAUUGGUCCACCUAGGUGUGCAGACGUACGGUAGUCAAUGGCUGCUUUUUGUGCACCGUGAUUCUUGACUUGAUGUUAUCAGUACCUGUAAUUCUUUGCCGCUGCUGGCACGCCUGGUUGGAAGCGUCAAUCACACUCGAGUAUACUCGUAGUGCCAUCAGAAUGACCUGAGUAUGCACUGCUUUCAAGCCCACUAUGGAGCGAUCUGACACACGAAUCGUUAUCGUGACAUGUUAUCGCGGAAGCUAGUCAUUAGCGGCUGCCCCACUCCAAUGACGAGCCUCGGUGUUGAUGCAUCGCAAAGCGCGUCUGUUGCAGCAUUGCAGAAGGUGCAUGCUAGUCGGCCAUGGCACCGCCGCCUUCCUUCGCAGAUGACCCAGAUCCAAAGACACAGCAAUCAACCAUGCCGCGUGUCUACCCCCCGAUCGAGGGAAGGCAGUCCGGUUCCGGCUUGUCUCCAUCGCUCAUAGAAAGUGUUGCUGGUUUCAGCGCCGGAAUUAUUUCUACUUUGGUAGUUCAUCCUUUCGAUGUCGUCAAAACGCGCCUACAGGUGGAUCCAAGUACUAGCAGUCACCUUGGAGACUCGGUGCGGAUAGUGAAGAACAUAAUCAGAAAUGAGGGUGGUUACUCUGCAUUGUACCGCGGCCUCAUGCCUAACAUGGUCGGCAACUCUGUCAGUUGGGCAUUAUACUUCCUAUGGUAUGGCAACAUCAAGGACUUGAUCAAGACUGCUCGCGGAAAUCCAGAUGUCCUCACCUCAUACGACUACUUCUUUGCCUCGGGCUUCUCAGGCAUCCUGACCGCCCUCUGCACCAACCCGAUAUGGGUCAUCAAGACACGCAUGCUAUCCACUUCGCGCGAUGCACCCGGAGCAUACAAGUCGAUUCGACAAGGAACAUCACACCUGUGGAAGACAGAGGGGCUCAAGGGGUUUUAUCGCGGGCUGGUACCAUCUCUGUUUGGAGUCAGCCAUGGCGCCAUUCAGUUCAUGGCUUAUGAACAACUCAAGAAUCACUGGAGCACAAGUCGUGGUGGCAGGGAGAACCUCACCAACCUGGACUUUCUGUUACUCAGCGCUGCGAGCAAGAUGUUUGCUGGUAGCGUCACAUAUCCUUAUCAGGUCGUCAGAGCCCGUCUGCAGACCUAUGAUGCCGACUCGCGUUACAAGGGUGUGAGAGAUGUUGUCAAACAGGUCUUCCGCAAAGAGGGUAUCAAAGGGUUCUACAAGGGCCUUGGACCAAACAUAGUACGUGUCCUGCCGUCCACUUGCGUAACUUUCCUGGUUUACGAAAACACCAAAUUCUACCUUCCGCGCUUCUAUGAAUCGUACGAGAAGAUUCAAGGCGGCGACUGAGAUGCAUAAGGGGUCCCACGAACUAUUCUCAACCUCACUGUCACCGGACUCUACCUGACAUCGCCUCGCUUUUGUAAAGUAUGCAGCUUUGACACGUGGUGAAACACAGCAUGUCGCCGGCUUCGCCUCGCCUCAAGACAUUUGUGUGGUCAAAGUAUUGCUAUACAAAAGCUGAUAAGAAGAUUUUCGCUGAUCAGCAGCAAGUCAGGUUGGGGGCGGAAAACCAGAUCGCUAGCCAGCAAGGCAAGCGACACAACAUGACAUCGAAAAAGGUGGCUAGUAGAAGCAUAGAAGCAUAGAAGCUGGAGUGAAGUGCGUAGAACAACCCGCCACGGGCAAGCAUGUGGUUCACGAAAUGUGUUGUUGAAAUUGAGCAAAUUCGCCAUGAAGCUGGCUUUGUGUAAAAACGGGAGAUGUGAUGGGCUCGCUUGACGGACAGAAAGAAUAAA